GUCACGUCGCGUCGCGCUCGCGGCGGGAGGGUACGGCGCUCAGGUUGCUGUCGCCAUCGCCAUGAGUCAGGAUGACAGAUUCGCUUUCACUGCUGAGUGGUACGACCCAAAUGCUUCACUCUUUCGGCGUUAUGAACUUCUGUAUUAUCCAAAAGAUGGAUCCGUUGAAAUGUAUGACGUGAAGAACCAUCGCACCUUCCUGAAGCGCACCAAGUACGAGAGCUUACACCUGGAGGAUUUGUUUGUGGGCAACAAAAUCACUGUGUUCUCGCGUCACCUUUCCAUCUUGGACUACGGGGACCAAUACACAGCCCGCAAGCUGGGCAGCCGCAGAGAGAGAACCCUGGCUUUGAUCAAACCUGAUGCAAUGCCUAAGCUUGGAGAAUUAAUUGAUAUCAUUAUUAAUGCAGGGUUUACAAUAACUAAGGCCAAAAUGAUGAUGCUUUCAAGAAAAGAAGCAGCUGAUUUCUAUGUAGACCAUCAAUCUAAACCUUUUUAUAAUGAGCUUCUUCAGUUUAUAACAAGUGGUCCCAUUGUUGCUAUGGAAAUCUUGGGAGAUGAUGCAGUUUGUAAGUGGAAAACGUUGCUGGGGCCAGCAAACUCUGCAGUGGCUCAGACUGAUGGACCAGACAGCAUCAGAGUCAACUUUGGACAUAAUGGCCUAAGAAAUGCAGCUCAUGGCCCAGAUACUGUUGCUUCAGCUGCUCAAGAGCUGGAAUUGUUCUUUCCCUCCAGUGGAGGUUGUGGACCAGUCAACAGUGCAAAAUUCACAAACUGCACUUGCUGCAUCAUUAAGCCUCAUGCAGUUAAUGAAGGGCUGGCUGGAAAGAUUAUAAAAGCCAUCAUCGAUGAAGGAUUUCAGAUCUCAGCUUUGCAGAUGUUCAACCUGGAGCGUACAAAUGUGGAAGAGUUUUAUGAGAUUUACAAAGGCGUCGCCCCUGAAUAUGUGGACAUGGUUACAGAGUUGUGUUCAGGCCCUUGCAUAGCAAUGGAGAUAAUACAACCUGAACCUCCAAAAGUGUUCAGAGACUUCUGUGGUCCUUCUGACCCUGAAAUAGCCCGUGUUCUCCGACCUGGAACUCUGCGUGCUGUCUUUGGGAAGAACAAGAUUCAGAAUGCUGUCCACUGCACUGACCUACCUGAAGAUGGACUUUUGGAGGUGCAGUACUUCUUCAAGAUCCUGGACAACUAAGAGCCUCCAUCCUCCCCCCCAGGCAAAAGACAUGCACAGAGCAGGGUGUGUUCAUUCAUUUAUUUGUCCAAUGUUUCAACCUGACUGAAAUACAAGAUCAACAAGAGCACUGUACUCCUGGCUAUUGUUACAUGUUAGAACAUAGAGUUUUGCACUUUAGACAACAUUUAACACCAUUCUAUGGGGUACUGCAUUGCUUUUAUAAAGUUGAAAAUAAAGAUUUCUUUUGAAACAUGUGGCUUUGGUUUAUUUCAUACAUUACACUUUCUUGCAGAAAAAAAAUAAAAUUGUACAACUGCAUAAAUAUAAAAUUCUUCCACCAUGAAAAUGGUUAAAACAUUCAAUAAAAGACAUUAGCACCACAGUGUGCGAUGCCUCCAGCAGGAAAGGAAAGAAAGAGAAAGGAGGGGGGAAAAAAGGAGAAAUAAAAGAGAGAGAAAAGAAAAUAUACAAAGCAAAGAGUUACGCCUAUCACUGAAGGUAGUCUGACCCAGUCUCUCACACAACAUACUGGAGGAUGAGGGAAAAGGUGGAGAGAGAGACAGCAUUCGCUACAAAGCACAGUACACAAUCAUCUAUUCUCUUUAACUUCACUUAAGUUAGUUUCCCCUGCCACCCCUCCAAAUAAAAUACCCUAACACCACAGAAAAGUCAGAAGCCUUAUGGAGUGCUGUUAAAUAGUCUCACAGGUGGGCCUUUCUUUGAGAAGGAACAGAAUAAUGAGAAGUAUCAUGCCAGUUCUAGUCCCAUUGAGUAUUUACACCUUGGACAGCAGAAAGUCUUUGCUCACAAGAAGUAGAAAACAGAUACAA